CCUGGUUCUCUCAACUUACUAUCAACAUCAUCAUGCGUCCAACAGCGGCUUUGCGCAACCUUCGCAGCAUCAAGUCUUCGUUCCAACAUCCAACGGCCCAAAGCUUCCUCAACAGCCCUACUAGUCCAUACACAGCGAAGAUUCUAGCACGCAGAGUUGGAUGGACUGUGGUGUGGUACAGCACUGCCGUAACUGGAGUUCUAGGCUGGCCUUUCAUUGCUUCCCUACUAGCAUAUGGCAAGAUCGCAGUAUGAGCACACAACGCUGAAGACGACCCAAGAUUCGAAAAAGCAAAUGGCUUCACUGCAUAACGAAGCCAAGGACGCCCUUUCCCAGGCCUAUGAGGAAUAGAUACGCGAGGCCACCAUCACACAUACCUUUACCGUCCUCAAGAGGAAGUAACUCAAUAAGCACACGCUUUCUCAACCACAUCUAGCAAAUACCUACCUUCC